CGGCGGUGGUAAAUUCAAGGCCGGCUGCUUUCGCCCGGUAUAUAAGCCGCGGCUGACACUGGUUUGAGGUACUCUGUCUUGUACAGGCUUAGAAGAAGCAUCAUCUCUACGGCAUCAUGCGUUCCCUUGUGCUCGUGAGUGUAGUCCUGGGAGUGGCCCUCGGCGCCCCCCAAGGAUUUCCUCUUGACACCCCCGAAGUCUCUGCAGCGCGCCAGGCCUUCAUCGCAGAGUACAACCGCCUAGCCGAGCUCGCCGCGGCGGCGCCCGACAUCCACAUCUACCACGAGGACCCCCGCGACCGCCUGCAGCGCCUGCAGACCGCCGCGCCCCUCGCCCCCACCCACGCCGCCCCCGCCUUCAACGACUACUCCUUCUCCGCCAGCCUCGGCAACAACCAGCAGUUCGUCCCCGGACCCAACACCUUCCCCGCCGGCCACCUCGCUGGCCACCUCGCCGGCCACCAGGCCCCUGCUCACCCCGCCCCCGCCCCCGCCCCCGCCCCUGCCCCUCACCGCUUCCAGGCCACCGAGGCGCCCGUGGCCCGCUGGACCGGCCCCGUAGCGGACACCGUGCCCGCUGGCCUCGGCGGACGCACCUCGGAGACCGAAUCCGUGGCCGCCGCCAGGGACGCCCACUUCAGGGCCCACGCCGCCGCCCUCGGCCAGCUUGCUCAGUUCUAGGGAUUGUCGGAGUCACGAGUCAUAUCAAGGGAGCCAGGGAGAGACCUGACCCGUCGCAGGGUCCGAGUAGUCACCCGCCCCGAGCCAAAGACGAUAGUUAUGCCUGUACAAUGUUCUAAAUAUAUCUUUUCUAUAAUAUA